AGGUUAGUCCGUGUUACCUGGUGCUCCUGGAGCCUAGUGCAAGGUGGAGUAGCUCGCGAGUGCUUGACAGCUGCUGGCCCUCACUGGAAGACUGUUGUGUCCGCCCUUUGAACGCAGGACUGUCUGUUGCUUUGGUGAUCAUGGCGCUGAGCUGUCUUCAAGUCUCGUGUGCUGCUGCUGUUGCGGUUCUUCUUAUCUCCAGUGUCGCUGAAGGCUGCAGUGACUUAGACCAGAGGUGUGAGCAGUGGGCGUAUGCAGGCGAAUGCACCACCAACCCAGGCUACAUGAAAGUCAACUGCCCCGUGUCCUGCCACAUGUGCGUCGUGCAAGACAGGGAUUGCCAAGACUUGAACGCGAUGUGCUACGCUUGGGCGCACAACAACGAAUGCAAGACGAACUACAGUUACAUGCGAAAAGCUUGUGCGCGGGCAUGCAGCUUCUGCCAACCGGCGAAUGACCACUCAGUCCCUCACGUGCACGCCAACAAGGUGGACUCACUAUGGGAGAAGUACCAAAAACGUCACCCUGGCAUGCCCAUCAGACACCACGGGUAGAUGGCGCGCUGCAGUCACACCCUCGUCAUUCCACCACGAACACUUCAAAAUCAGUGCUUAAGUCGCCGGCCUCAAUAAGCGUCCAGUCUAGUGUAUAUGUUAUUUAAUUCCCUAUAAAUGUCUGAUUCUUGUUUCUGUCCCUUCAUGUUAGUAAAAAAAAAAAAAAAGUUUAAUUUAAUAUAGAAAAUACGAGAGCAAAUCAUCAUCAGAUCAAACUUUAACUUAUGAUACCGAGUCUGCUUAUGAUCAUUUGCUAAAAUACACCUUACAUUCUACACCUUACAUUCAAGUAAACUAAUGUCUAAUACAAAUUCAAGAAAACCAGUCCUUUACAAGCUUUAACCAACUUUUUAUGAGUCAAUCUGUAAAAUUCUUUGCUGAUAUAACACAAGCUGGAGUGCAAGUUACUACUGUGAAGGAACUGAAUGUCAUUGAUUUGGAGGUAGAUGUAGUCACUCACCUCAAUCUGAAUUGUAAGAGUUUCUGGCACCAAGCAAACAAGUACCUACGUGGCACUUGGGCUCAGUUAUUAUGUUACUGAAUGAGCUUGAAUGAAGGAGACAAAGCCUUGAAUAGGGAGAUGCUUCAAUUACUGAGAGCAGAAACAAGUGCAAUUAGAGGGACAAAUCAGAAAAAGGUCGUUAGCGCUGCCCCUUCCUGAGGGAAUUCAUCUAUGUCAUCACCAUUUUCACUAUCAUCACUCUCAUCUUCAUCUGCAUGUUUAGCUCAAAUAACACAGUUAAGAUUUACACAACUUUUUUUGUAAUAAUAAUGUAACAGUGAUACAAGGAAAAGACAUCCAUGCAUUAUUAAUGAUAGAAGUGCUACAUGUGUAUGUGUGUGUGUGUGUGUGUGUGCAUGUGUGUGUUUCACUGUUUGAUCUGCUGCAGUCUCUGACGAGACAGCCAGACGUUACCCUACGGAACGAGCUCAGAGCUCAUUAUUUCCGAUCUUCGGAUAGGCCUGAGACCAGGCACACACCACACAUCGUGUGUGUGUGUGUGUGUGUGUAUAGGCAUGCAAGGAAAGCAAGUCUAGUUUUACUUGAUUUUUCAUUACAUUUUGUAUGUAUCUGUUUAUUUACCAUGAGCAUUUCCUCUUAUCUGCACCAACACUCACAACGCUUACUCUGUGCAUCAAGGCACCUGCAAAUUACUACUCAUAGUGUAUCAACCUAACUUUUAAUCAUCAACUUCACGCGCUUUUCUAGACCUUUACCCCGAAAUUUGGACAUUAGAAAAAUGGCAUUAAAAUAAACUUCAUAUAUUUAUUCUAUAUAUCAAAAUAUUUCUCAGAUGUAAUGUAAAUAUUAUUAUUUUACAUUAAAAAAUCAUUACUUA